AUGUCUAGUUGGGAAACCACAGCCCUUCGGUUACACAGCAAUGUGACCGUCGACUCAACACCGAACUCGUCUCACAAGAGUCUACCGCCAGUACCAAAACAAAAGACAAAGGCAAGGGCUGUUACAGGUAUUGCCAGGUACGGCCCCCGAGCGAUGGAGGAGUUCAAUUUCUUCAAUGGACAAGGAUGCAACACGACGGCCGGUUUCGGCAAAAUGGAUGAGCGCAGGAUGUACUAUCUGGGCUUCUUUACCAGUCCGUAUUCGAAUUAUCAAAUUGCAAAUCCGUUCUGCCCACGGACGCCUGAUUCGAUCCAUCAGUUCCUCGCGGUCUGGGCAAAACCUAUCCCGGUCGACUGGGACCCUAGUCCAAGCUUCAACAUCUCUGCCGUGUUCUGUCAACCCCAUUAUUUCAAACAAAAGGUUCUAGCGACAGUUAAGGCGGACACCUUCGAGCCGGAUACAGCAUCCAUCAAGGAACUGGGGCCAAAGGAGACACUUACGGAAAAGGAAUUCAACACAACAGCCUUUGAAUUCCUUCUGGGCAAUGGCAUGGCACAGACACCAAUUACCAAGGAUUUUCCAUUCAAUGCUGUCGUCGAACAGCACCCGCGUUUGAAUCAAUCCGGCUUCCAGUUUCCUGUCUCCAACAUGGUGGGUUUUGCUUUAGCAGGUAGAGACCUACAUGCAGAUGAAUAUGUGCACCACGACAACCUGCACAAAGCUUAUAACCACGCCCAUAAAUAUCUUUUCUCGGUGGCUGUAACUACACUCCUGAUGAACACGACAGACUUCUCUAACAAUACCGUCUUUGUCGAUCAUUUUAUGACUGGAGUUAUCGUCAGCCGAACAUUCGCCAUAGCUGUAGAAUGCUUUUUACUCGUCGUCGCCAUUUUCACAGCUCUUAUUCUGUGGUUCGUCCGAUCUGCGCCCAGCAACCUACCAUUGAACCCGUCUUCAAUAAGACGUUACAUCGAUUUGUUCGGCAAUAGUCCAGAAGUCCUAGGUGCAUUCAAGCCGGUCGACUACACUGAUGAGGAAGGGUUGCUCGAGGAAUUUAAGAUGGAUGGCUUCCAGAUGAUAUCAAAAGACGAUGGCAAGAGCGCGGAAGUACUUCUUCAUACAAGAAUCAAGGCAUCCGAAUCCUAUGACAAGUCCAUUCAAAGAGGCUACUAUGACCCGGUCAAGCCCUUAGCCCUCAAGAGAUGGAUUGGCCUCAUAUUUAUUACCGCCCUAAUCGGGUCAAUGGCUUACCUUUCGUACUUGAAACAGCAGGAGACCUUACUGAACGGAUUGAUCCGACCCUCGGAGAAUUUCGAAGUUCUACAACUUUUAGAGAACUACAUACCAACUGCCUUCGCGACACUGAUCGAACCUUUCUGGGUUUUGUUGAACCGAUUGCUUUGCGUCCUCCAGCCUUUCAAAGAUCUCUGGGAAGGGAAAGCCAAACCAAAGAACACGAUUGAAGCAACAUAUACGUCAAUCCCGCCUCAACUUGUCUUCUGGAGAGCCCUAAAGUCUAACCAUUUUGUCCUCGUGCUUGUUUGUUCUAUGGCUCUACUUGCAAAUCUCCUUGCUGUCGGCCUCGGUUCUCUUUUCAAUGAGGAUAUAACAACUGCAAACUACACGAUUUCAAUGGCCCCAAGCUUUGCACCUCGAUUUGACAACGACUCUGUUGUUGAUCUAACGUUUUACUUGAACAAGGAUCUCAUCACAACGAGUCUAUACCAGGAUCAUUUCUACAUGGCCAUGGCUAAUCUGACGUCUGGUACGAUUCUCGCGCCUUGGAUGUCGCAAGAGUACUACUUCCAAGGAUAUCAGCUCGAGGAUCAAAGUAUUAAUAGGACGGGAGACGCUUAUACAUUCAUUGCUGCUGCAGUUCCAGUGAUCCAACAAUCGGGUUACAAUGAGUCUACUGGGGUUGCAGCUCUGGAGUACAGUAUGACUAUGGACAAGACUUUCUCGAUUGCACCCUGCGCAAGAACUUUACCUUUGGGAUGGGCUCGAUCCAAAGAGGCGGCGUUUACGAACAGCACAAUCGAAGCCAGUUUCAUGAUCUGUCGUCCGAUUUUUCAAACUGCCAUGUUUAAUGUUACAGUCGAUUCCCUCGGAAACGUUAUCUCGUACAAUAGGACUAGCAACCUCACAACAACGUUAGAUUACACCCACUCAGAACAACACACCGAUAUCUUGUUACAAACUUAUAACUACAGAUGGAAUCAGGAGCCUAGCUGGCACAACGAUACGCUCUCCACGAACUGGAUGAAUUAUUUCAUCGCAGUGAUUAACGGCAACAGAUUAGCCCUCGACCCAGACGCUCCUGUCCCGGAUCCGGAGCAGCUAAUCCCAGCUGUGACUGACAUAUACCGUCGCGCUUUUGCCAUAUUGCUAGGUCUAAACGCCCACAUAUUCGAGGAUAGCGACAAGGGCGAGACAGUGUCCGCAAUCCGCCAUACGAAAGAGACGCGAAUAUUCAUGGAAGACGCGUCCUUUAUCAUUACAAUGACAGUACUCGCUCUUAACACAGUUGUCGCCUGUCUGUUCUACAUCAGAGCUGUUGCUUUCGUUUUACCACGCAUGCCAACAACUAUAGGCGCUGUCGUGUCAUAUUUUGCACCGAGCCGCCUUGCUACGCCAACCUACAGAGAUGCUCCAGGCCAGUCUUCUCGCACAUUGAGUUUUGGAAGAUAUAUUGUCACUUGUGUGUUUGGUGGUUGUUACAACUUGAAGCAAAAUAUGCCUUCGUAG